GACAGAGAGAGAAAAGGAGAAAGGGAGAGAGACCCUCUUCAGCAUGGGCCCUUUCACCGCCAUUUGCGCUGGCAUGCUGCUCCUCCUGACCCCACAGCUCCAAGGCCAAGGCCUGGCCCACCCCAUCUACGAGUCCGUGCCCAACAGUGACCUGGUGGACUUCAAGACCCUGCUGGACCGCUUGGAGGACAAGAUGCCCGCGGAAGAGGCAGCCAUGCCCUCACAAGGAUUAAAUGACCAGAACGACCAAAUCGGGGAGGCUCUCAACCCCCUGUCGCCCUGGUCCGGGGACCUUAGUCCAGCCCAGAGUGACAACGCUUUUGGACGUGGCUCCUGGGAGCAGCCCGAAAGAGCUGCCCUCCUGAAGAACAAACUCCGGUCCCUUCUGACUGGGCCCCGUAGCCUAAGGAGAUUCUCCAGCUGUUUUGGGAGCCGCAUUGACAGAAUCGGAGCCCAGAGCGGACUUGGCUGCAACAGCUAUCGGUCUUUAAGAUAACGGCCCCAGAGGCGACGCGGCCUGCUGAUUUCGCUCAGACUCUGUCUGGCUCAAGCCUUGAACCCACGAUUCCAACUGCCAUCCCCGGUGCCAUUUCACGACUGAUCCUUUUCAAUGUAGAUAGAACGAUUUCACCGUGGCUUUCUGUACUUGUUUUGUUUUCCUACAUUAAAUCUGACCCAAAUGACUCCUUGCCGCGGUUUGAGAAUGAAUAUGCCUUCAGAACUCUGGACAGAAGAAGUGCUCGGGGUGGGUGUGGUUCUCUUUCUGUCUCCGAGGCGAGGAGAGCCAGAUUUAGGCCAGCAAUACCGGGAUUUAGGCCUCGUCCCGCUUUGUCAGUCUCGGGCGGGCAACGAAGUCUUGCCCCCGUUCGCCUUGGGCGGUAAUUAGCCCCACGCACUGCUUCUCACGGAACGGCAUAGGAAACAAAUAGAAAUCAGCCUGCAAGCCUCAGUACCCGUUGUUCUGACUCCAA